AUGCGGCUGCCCGAGCAAUCCGGAGAGGGGAAGCCUGAGAAUGAGGAAAAGGGGGACCAAGAAGCCCCCUCAGGGGGCAAGGAGCCAUCGCGAAGCCAGGCCCCCAACUUCCCCACUUGGCAAAAGAUGCCAUUCCACCAUGUGACCGCCGGCCUGUUGUAUAAGGGGAAUUACCUCAACCGGUCUCUGUCUGCAGGCAGCGACAGCGAACAGCUUGCUAACAUCUCCGUGGAGGAGCUCGACGAAAUCCGCGAGGCCUUUCGAGUUCUGGACCGCGACGGGAACGGCUUCAUCUCCAAGCAGGAGCUGGGCAUGGCCAUGCGUUCUCUGGGGUACAUGCCGAGCGAGGUGGAGCUGGCCAUCAUCAUGCAACGCCUGGACAUGGACGGGGAUGGUCAGGUGGAUUUUGAUGAGUUCAUGACCAUUCUCGGCCCCAAGCUGGUGUCUUCAGAAGGUCGCGAUGGUUUUCUUGGGAACACAAUCGACAGCAUAUUCUGGCAGUUUGACAUGCAGAGGAUAACUCUGGAAGAGCUGAAGCACGUUCUCUAUCACGCCUUCCGGGACCACUUGACAAUGAAGGAUAUUGAAAACAUCAUCAUCAAUGAGGAGGAAAGCCUGAACGAGACCUCGGGGAACUGCCAGACAGAGUUUGAAGGAGUGCAUUCCCAGAAACAGAACCGGCAAACCUGCGUCCGGAAGAGCCUCAUAUGCGCCUUCGCCAUGGCCUUCAUCAUUAGCGUCAUGCUGAUCGCGGCCAAUCAGAUCCUGCGGAGCGGCAUGGAGUAGCAACCUUCGGCCACACUGUGUUCCCAGCCCACCGCAUGUGCAUGGCCCGCGGCCACACUUCCUUCCUCCACAACAGCAGACCUGGACAACGGACGCAGACGGGGAUGGAGGGCCGCUUCGGGACAGAGCCCCAGGCUGCAGUGUGACUGCUCUUGCAAAUCCACGUCAUCUCCUUGGCAGGGACACAAAAGGGCUGUCUUCAAUGCUUUAAUGGUUUUGUUUCCUAAUGCAAUAAAUACCCAGGAGUUCCCAGUGAUUGCUUCAACCCCUGGUGGUGACUCCCAGGAGGAACUCCAUUUUCCUUGCGGAAUUCCAGUGGCAAUCUGGGUCGGUGGUCGAAGAGAGCGAGCGGGAGGUGUGGACACGCGGUCAUCUCCACGUCCCUUCUCGGAGCCCAGGGGUUAACAGGAGGACCUACCCUGAGGUCAAGCUCAACCCCAAGAGGCUGACUUUGGGGUCACUCCAGAAAGUGGGGCCUUCCAUCUCGCCCUGGCUGCCUUCACCCACCCGGGGGAGCCCCCUCAGGGCGCGAGGGGAAGGCCAUCGAGUGGGGUGCCACACAGGCGGUCUGCAGCGGCGCCCCCAGUUGCUUCCGUUUUUACUGCCUUUUCUCCAGGACCCUUGCCGGCGCAGUGGGGGAGCUCUCGGCUUCCGUUGGCACUCGGCUUUCUGUCCCCAGAGCCCAUCAUCUCGCACCAGCAUUUCGGAGUCUGCAGAGAGCCUUCCUCCCAGCUUAGCUGCCCCUGGGCGCCGCCUUCGGCUCCUUCCUGUGUGACAUCAUCCCUCUCUAACCAUUGACUCCCAUACAAGCUUGGCCUCUCACCCUCACCCCCACUUCUUUAAGGGAGGGCGAGGGAGGUAGGGGGAGCGAGGGGGUGAGGCUGACAGUGAGGAGGUGUUUGCAGCCCGGGAAGGGAGUGUGCGUACAUCUUCCUGCCAGCGAACCACCCUAAGCUGGUCCUCCUGCAGCUGACCCUUUUCUCAUAGUCCAGUUUGCUCUGUUAGUCUUCCCCAGCUGAAAAGAGAACUAUAAGCCAAAGUGGAAAGAUGCCAAUGGCUAUACUUACAGUAUCUCCUGCUGUCAGAUUCUGCAAAUGACUUAUUUUCAGAAGGUGGGGGAAAAGGUUUAAAAGGGAUAGGUCACUCACCUGUGCCUGCAGGACGCUUCCGUGGGGGCCAGGAACUGAAUCCCCUGGUCUGUUCUCAGCGCCACCUCCUUCUGUAAUUUCCCAGCUCUCCCCAGAUGCCCUAUCAGUCACCACCGUUCAUCCGAGCCUGUGCAGCCAUGGUGUGACCAGCCAGGAAUUUCUGGAUGUAAACUUUCCCUUCGUGCGUCUCAAGCUCAGGUCUUUUUUUCUGUAAGGGCAUUGUCCCACCUGGUUUCUUUUGAUUGCAUCCUAAAGCUGCUGGUUUUCCCCUCUCUCCCAGUAUCAAGGCCCGGGAAUCUUCCCUCUCUCCAUGCCAGUGGGUAGGUGUUUUGGUGCCGUUUGUGUUCCUGGCCCCUUCCUCAAGCCCACCCCCAACCCCACUGCCUUCUUAGACAUGGAGCACCCAAAGUCUCCUUCUAGAGUCUUCUUCCUCUUCCCCUCUGCAAGCAAUCCCCCAGGCUACUCCACGUGGAGGUGACUGGAGGAGCUUUCCCGCAUGGGGAAGCCCAAACAUUCUUGAUGAGCACAAGUAAAACUAGGGUUCGAGCCAUAGUAUGAAGGGAGGAGGGGAAGGUGUGAGCUCCCAAGGGUGGGGGGCAGGGGAGGCCUUAUGUGAAAAUGCUGAGAGCCCCUUGACGUCCGACAUCCUGGCCAAGGACGGCAGCAGCUGCCUUUCUCAGACCCCUGCCCCUUCCCUGUGCAGACACCACACCUGCCUCUCCUGUCUCUCCCAGCUGACCCACCAUGCUUCCCUCAGGAUUGGAAUCACAAACUAGAACAGGUCCAAACGCAGAAUAUUAAUCGACCCGACAUCUCUCUCAUUUCUCACUGUCCAUGGUGGUUUGCUCUCUCUGGACUGGACUUUGGUGAGAGAGCACAAACCUCAUAAGGACCUGCUUCCCUAUCUUUAGCUGACCCCUGAGCCACAGACCACAGCCUCCUGGUGCAGGGAUGCAGGACCUGACCCUGGAGACCCAGGGACGCUGCAAGGAGCCCUGCCACGAGAAGGGAGUUGCUAUGCCGACGGUGAGGCUUGACUCCAGGGCAGAUCAUGAGGCCUUCUCCUGAGUCAGCUCUUCCGCAAGUGCUGCUGCGCCCACUGGAGAUGAGGACCAGAGGGUGUAAGGGUUAGAUUUCCCUGAAAAAGAUAUUAGCCACUGGGCUGGUGUGGGGGAUAAAAUUUCCCGAGAAAGUAUCCUUCCCUCCCCCAACCCCCUCCCAGUGUCCGGAAGCAAGCCCAUAGUGCCCAGGAGAAGUGUAGCAGACUGCAUCUCUGUGGUGUUGCUAGGGGUAUAGGGUGAGAAGAAGUCCAUAGGAUUCUUUUUGAUGGCCCAGAAGCUAACGUUCCACCAUGGUGACCUCACACGUGGUCCCCAGGGGACACAGCAUGUGAGGACAGCACUGAGCUAGUGGCAUUCCUUAGACAUGGGGAGCUAGGUGUUUGUCACAUGACUUGCACCCUUGUGGUCUAUUGAAGGUGUUGGCUUCUUUGUUUGGCAGCAUAAGAUGCUGACUUCCCAUGGACCCUGGACCCACAGCCGACUCCCAGUCCUGUCCACAGAAAUGCUAGUCAGCAUCCUCAUCACAGGAGGUCCUGUCUCCACGCCCCAGGUGGUGGCACCCUCUACAGGAAUGUCCCCACGCCCCAGAUGGCCCCAGGUGGUGGCGCCCUCUACAGGAAUGUCCCCAUGCCCCAGAUGGCCCCAGGUGGUGGCGUCCUCUACAGGAAUGUCCCCACGCCCCAGAUGGCCCCAGGUGGUGGCGCCCUCUGUAGGAACUGAGAGGGAGGAACCACGGCCAGCCCUCACUCCAGCAAAUAGAUUUAGCAACCAGUGGCCUUUGCUGCCAGCCCCAGGGGAUCUGCUGAGUGUAUUGGUGACCCCAGCCCAGCUCAAUCCUGCAGCACAAACCGGUGUCCCCAGACUGCCGCAGUGAUGAACAGAGAAGCAGACCCUGACCCUGCACCCCCUCCCAAGGAAGUUCUGUCCCCUCAUCCAGCUGCAGACAGAGCCCCCAAGCAGGACCCCACAUUGGAACCGUUAGUAGUGGCUUCCAGACUGUGCGGGGGUCCCAUGUGAUCAAUCUGUGCGGGGGGGGGGGUUGCCAUGGCAACCCUUGCCUUCCACCCUGAGAUUGCCAAGACUCGCAAAAAUAAGGGACAUGUUCUCCAAGAAUGCUCCGGUUCUGCCGGUUGCAACCUGAGUCCCUGCAUUCAUUUCCUGUCGGCAGGGGAAACUGCCCGCCAGGAAGCUGGUGGGUUUCUCCACCUUUUCCUCUCGGGUUUGCGCUCGUCUUUCCAGUUACUCAGGAGAACAGCGGCUACCUGUAAGCCUGGUACGAUCCUCCUCACUCCCACUCAUCCCCACCUCCCAGGGCUCAGAGAUAGUGCCCCUUAAUCCGGGCUGAAAAGGUAGAAAUAUCAUCUGGAAGGCAAAAAAGAUUUUGAGCCUCCACUCUUUGAAAGCAUCCGUUUGCCUCUCUGGAAUCUCCCCCAGCAAGCCAGAAGUGUGAACGGGAGUGAAUGGAGGUUUGCAUGUGGUCUUUGACAAUCCGGGUGGUUUCAGAAGUUCCUAGGUGUUUUAUCUGAGAGAAAAAAUGUGUACUGUGAGUUUUCUUCCUUGAUACAUGGCUCUUAGUCCAGCUGACACAUGGCAAAUGGUCAGCCAUCAGUCUGAUGAAUGAUCAGCUAAUCCUGUGGUUAUUUGAAAGAACCCAGUGAAAGACGGGAAGCUUGUUUUAUACUAUCCCUCCCCACCCUCCCUUCACAGAAUCAUAAAGCAAUAUAUCUGAGAACUGGGGAGAGAAAAAUGUAUCUUUUAUUCCAAAUGCCUCCUGCUAGGCUUAAGUCCAGACUCAGGUCAGAAACCCAAGAGAGUUUGGUACCUUGCUCUUAACCUGAAGCUAGCAGCCUUCUUGGGAGCAUACAAGAGCCUGGCCAAAGGUGAGCUGGCCUGGCCUGGCCACGUGUGGCUGCGUGCCCUGAAGUCCUGUUUCUGCCAAGCCCUGGCUUUCCACGCCGCCAAAGCUGCUGGGCUUCACUUCUCCCACCUGGAGGUCUCCAACCAUAGUGGUCAAACCAUGUGGUCAAACCACGAUGGAGGUUGCUGUACUGCACUGACCCGUAGUGACUGUGUUAUUCAGCCUGUUCCACUGAGAUAUAGGGAGGUCUGGAACCCCACUGCAAGGAGGGGCCCCUUUAUUUCCAAGGCCAUGAUGAUACCAGGUAAACUGAGAUUAUGUUCUAGACAUUGGUUGUGCUAGUAAGAAGACAGCAGAGCUGCCUUCCUUGGAGAACAUGGGUCUGAAAUGACCUCAGAUCAAAACUUCCUUGUUGGCCCCUUCCAUGAUCCUCAUGGGGCCAAAAGUCUGUAACCUAAAGGCCAUGCCACAGCCAUCCUCCCACACCAGCUCCCCCAGAAUGGAAAGAUCUAUCAGAAAUAGAAAAGAAGCCGUAUUCAGCAGCUAGGGGUUUCGAUUUGAAUUAUUUAAAGUGAUAGCCAAACAGAGGAGGAUUUGGGCUGACCCCGUCUCCAUGACAAUUCAAAUGUCAGCACUGUUCAGCCUCCCUUCACACUUCCUCUGACUAAGCCGCUGAGGGGACUGGCCUCAGCUUCGUAGCCUGGCUGUAGACAGUGGGUUUGGAGGAAUAAGGUCAAGUACACAAACCAGCUGAGCACAUCUCUUAGUAUCCAAUGCUCACUGCCAAGACUCAUGGUCAUUUCAAGAGCUACAGUGUCUACUUCCAAUUAAUUUGGGACCCUGCUCAUAUGGUCUCAAGGGGCAUGAUGAUAAUUCUCAAAAAGUGCUCAAGGCAAAAUGAAUGUGAUUCAGUUGAUAUGCAAUAUGGCCACGAGAAGGAAAGACUCUGAAACUGGAGAGGAGUUGCCCAGCCCCAUACCCCUUACCCCUCCCUUGGGCAGCUUAUCCAUUGAGCAGACCCAAUAAGCAAGGCAUAGCUCUAUCCACCUCUUAGCUUGGACGUGAUGGGUUGGCUUUUCAAAACAGUGCUCCUCCCAUUGUUAGAAGUGGUUGUCCGAGUAAGAAGGGUGCAGAGGCUGGAAUUUUCCAGUGGAGUGGAAGAGCAGGCUAAUUAGAAAGGAAUCUUCCAGGGAAUUCAGAACUCAGCUGCAAUGCUGCUCCAUCCCUGGGCCUGAGAGAGAAAAAGGAAGUUUGUAAAGGACUCCAGAUGCUGACCUCUCAGUGUUUUCCCUGUGUGUCUGACCUACUUUCUGAACAUACGGGGGAUUGAGUGCCACAGGGCUACCCAUCAACCUGAUCCAAAUGACAUGCUCUGCAAGUUUUAAGAGGAGCCUGCUAGCUCGCCUUUCCUUUGAGGAUGCUGACCUCUGCCCAGCCCAAAAGGCCUUUCCGGGGCUUCGGUCUGGGCGGGCUCAGACCUGUUGAGCAGAGACUAGAGAGCAGAUCCGAUAGCCAGAAGUGUGGCCAACCCUGUCAGCUGGGAAGGGCACAGGAGGGAGGGCUCCAGGAGCCUCAGCCACCCCCACUAGCCGGGUCAUUCCGAAUGUCUUCCCUCCCUGCCUCUGGUUUCUCAUCUCUAAAGCCGGAAGGAAGGUAAACCAGAUAUUCCAAACAGCCUGCCCAUCGUGACACUCUGUUUGUCUCAAACAAAUCAGAAUAAAUGCCCACUACUGAGAAGCUCCCUAUUCCCCCCCAAGGAUCAGGCUCAGGACCGGCGGUUUCGGUUUCUUUUUUAACACACGUCCCAAGAGGCAGUUGUGAUAAACCAUCUAGUUUCUGUCGAUGGAACAAUGCAAAUUGGUUUCUGUCAAGUUUGCCGGCAAGAGGCUUUGUUUACUCCCUGAGGUCUUGCUGAAUCAAGGGAGCAUCUAUGAUGAUGGGCACUGUGUCUUUGUCUUUGCCAGCGUGAGAAUUAAAGGGGUCACUUCACCACAGAGGCCGUGAAUCAAAGUCCCUGAAUAAAUAGAGUGGAACAAAGCCAGAUUCCAGGAAACAAUACUUGCUUCUCCUUCUGAGAAAGCUAACUGGAAGCUGUGGACUCAAGAGCACAAUUUCCGGUCGUUUCUUUCUUUCCUUUUGUUUUGGUCCCUGGAGCAGCAGUCCCAGUAGAUGUGAUAGUGGUUUGUAAUUAUUGGUAACACUGCAGAAGGAAGAGUGUUGCCAUCUUUGGUGACCAUCACGAAUUAGGUGAAGUCCAGGGAGAUCAGGCGCCUGUCAUGGUCAUUCGGAAGGCUGAUGAGGGAUACUGAAUACAAGUGCCUGCUUUAAAUGGCGACCCAGGCAUGACUAGGGGGAGAGAGCACAAGAGAGGACCCACAAAGUCUCCCUCCCUUCUGCCCCAUGCCGACAUAAGCUCCUAGGUCUUUGUCCUACCCGCCCUCUUCCUGAAGCAGACAGAGGCCCCAGUCAUGGGUGUUAUCACAAGCCCUUCCGUUCUUCCCUGGAAAGCCCAGAUUGUCCAGGAAAGGGCCCUCUCUGCUCCCAGUGGACCUUGGUACAGGCCAUUGUCUCUCAGCUCUCUCCAAGGGAACAGAAUAUUCUUUCUGACCUGAAAAUCAGGUCCCCGGGGUCCUUAAAUGGCUUCAUAGUGGGGUUUGGUUUUUCUCCCCCAAUCCUAACUCCAGGAAGAAGCUGUUUCUCCAAGGACUAACCAAAGACAGUGCCCUUGGAGGGGCAACAGAAGAGAGAAAGUCUGUUCAGGCAGCGGGUUGGCACGCCAUCAUCUGCUGGGGUCAUCAUGAUCCUAGGGGUCGUCGUACUUGAGAUAUGAGUUGUUUCUCAAAGCACAGCAGUAAAUGACUGGAUGCCCCCAGCCUGCUGGGUGGAAAUUGGAGCACAGAUGAAGACUUUAUGAUCAGGACGUUUGGAGCUUGGUAGCUUCACGGCCAGCAUGGGCAUGGGCCACUAAGAGUGAAAUUUUGGAUCAUAUCUUCCUGUUUAUCUCACUUGCUUUCCAUUGUUUUCAUUCUGUAUUAGUUGGUGAUUUCUGCUAUUCAGCGUCGCGAGAGUCUGCAGACUAGGUGAAAGAAAAAUCUUUAUAUAAAAUGUAAAUACUAAUAUAAAUUAACUGGGCAUGCAAACCACGGAUCAAAUGAAGUAUAUAUUAUUAACAUGUUAUCUUAGUGUAUAAAGGAAAACUGGCUGCCAUAUUUACCAGAUGUUUUCUCUAACCAAACUCAUCUGUAAAUAUAUAAUCUAUAUAAAAAAGUCUAAUUUACCAUUAUUUAUGCAAUAGAAAAAAAAAUAAAAGUUCUUUUUUUUUCUUUCUUUUGAUGAGAGAUUCAGUUCAUUACCUGUGGUUUGGUUUCAAAUGGGUCAUUUAAUUCAGUCCUGUGACCCAGGCUGGCAACCAGGUCGGCUCAGGGGAAGUGCCAGCAUCACCCCCUCCGAGAAGCGGCAGGUGAGAAACAGUCAGGGGGUCUGUGGUGAGGUGGGACCGUGGGGGGAGAUGACUGGCAGCAGGAAAACAAGCCUACCACCGAGCAUACGGUGAGAAACAUGAGCCAUCCUCUGCCUGGGGAGCAGCCAGUACGAUGAAGAAAGCUUUGCAGGCACCCAAGCUAAUGGCGUCAUCCUUUUGGGAUUCCGUUUGCCAAGUUUUCCUGACAUUACCAUUCAGGUAGUGCAUAGCUUUUCAUUUUUUAGAAUUUUUUUUAUGGUAUUUGAGCUUCUUGGGUAUAGGAAAAGAUGUUGUUGGUAUGGUGGGUGCCAUGGAGUCAAUUCUGACUCACAGCGACCCCAUAUGACUGAAUGAACUGCCCUGUAGGGUUUUCUUGGCUGUAAUCUUAUGGAGACAGAUCGCCAGGUCUUUCUUCCUCAGGGCCACUGGGUGGGCUCAAACCACCAACCCUUCAGUUACCAGAUGAGUGCUUAACAGUCUGCACCACCAGGGCAUUCCUUAACACAUGUGUGUUGUAAUUGUAUGUGCCAUCUCCACGGUGAAGGUGGUACAGGACCCAGCAACAUCUCCUUCUGUUGUAUAAAGGUCUCUGUGAGUCAGAGCCAACUCAACAGCAGCUAACAACGACAUAAUCAUACGAGGAAGAAAGACCUAGUGACGUCCUUCCAAAAAUUAGCUAGUGAAAACCCUACAGAUCUCAACAGAGCAUCGUCUGAUACAGGCGGAAGAUGUGCCCCUAGGCUGGAAGGCACUCAAAAUACACAGGGGUCGCAGCAAUAGACUCGAGCAGACCAGUAAUCACGAAGGUGGUGCAGGACCAGGCAACAGUUAUUCUGUUGUGCGUGGGGUCACCAUGAGUUGGAGCCAGCUCAGUGGCAUCUCACAACAACAUAAUCACACGGUGUUAGAUAUGAUUAUAGGCUUUCUGGAUGGUGGAACACAACACAUAUUACAGUGGCAGAAAUAGCUGUUGUUAGGUGCCAUCAGGUCAGUUCCAACACAUAGCGACCCUGUAGGACAGAGUGGAACUGCUCCGUAGGGUUUCCAAGGAGGGGCUGGUGGAUUUGAACUGCUGACCUUUUGGUUAGCAGCCUGAGCUCUUAACCACUGAGCCACCAGGGCAAGUUAAGUGACAAGACUAAGAGGGCUAGAUUAGAUCCUGGCCUAAUUUGGACCAGAAUUUUGGCCUCCACUCUCCAAGAAUGAGGAGGCAUCUCACAAUUUCCUCACUUUCCAAAAAUGUGACCACACAUUCUUCCCAAUGUACUUAUGCCAAAAAUCUGAGUCUUGACUUACGGUCUGACAGACAUUAGUGAAGCCCCGAGAGUAUGGCCCCCAGACACCCUUUUAACUCAGUACUGAAGUCACUCCUGAGGUUCACCCUUCAGCCAAAGAUUAGACAGGCCCAUAAAACAAAUACUAAUACACUUCGCUCAACCAUGUAUAGGAGUCUAAAUGGGCACACCAGCCCAGGGCCAAGGAUGAGAAGGUGGGAGGGAACAGGAAAGCUGGUAAGGGAGAACCCAAGGUCAAGAAGGGGAGAGUGUUGACAUGUUGUGGGGUUAGCAACCAACGUCACAAAACAAUAUAUGUAUUGUUUAAUGAGAAACUGAUUUGUUGUGUAAACCUUCACCUAAAACACAAUUAAAAAAACAAUCUGAGACUUUCCAUUGGUAGUGUUUCCAAGGUUUCUGAUUUGGUACCCCAUUUUAAAUGUUUUAUGUUAUCCAUCUUCUCAGAGGUGACUUGUGAAGUAAAAUCACUAAACCCAGUGCCAUUGAGUCGAUUCCGACUCAUAGCGACCCUAUAGGACAGAGUAGAACUGCCCCAUAGAGUUUCCAAGGAGUACCUGGAAGGUUUGAACUGCCGACCCUUUGGUUAGCAGCCGUAGCACUUAACCACUGCGCCACCAGGGUUUCCGUAAAACCACUAGGCAUCUGUUAUUGUUUAAGAGUUCUGACAACACAGCGUUCCAGGCAUAAAGCACACACUUUUCUCUCCAUUAAAGGAGGCCUCUGGCAAAUUCUGAGGACAGUGUUGGUUCAGUGGUAGAAUUCUCGCCUUCCAUGACAGAGACCUGGGUUCAAUUCCUGGCCAAUGUGCCUCUUGCACAGCCUCCACCCAUCUGUCAGUGGUGGCUCGUGUGUUGCCGUGAUGCUGACGAAGC